AUGAAAUUUUGGUAUAAUGAAAUUUUAAAUUUUAUUUAGGGAUUCUGUUUAUGGUAUCAAUAUGAAAUGGAUGAAACAAUGGGUUUCAAGGGAACCACUUCUUGAAAGCAUAAAAGCAGAAUAAUUAAAUAGUGAUGAAUAUUUAAUUUAUGAGAUCAAUCUAUAAAAUUGCAAAUAAGAAGAUUUAAGUUUUAGUAAUCAAUACUAAAUAAAGACAAAGAGAUAAGAUUAUGCAACUGGAAUCAUUGUGUGGAUGAAAUAUUCAUUCACAUUUACCCAUUUACCAAUUCAUGUUAUUAUGGGUCCAACCAAAUCUCCUUUUUGGAAACCUGCCAUUUUGUAUUUUAGAGAAGAAAUACCUGUUAAUAAGGGUGACAAAUUAUAAGGUAUACUAAUUUCUAUUAAAAUUAGGGUCAUUAGCUAUUAAAUUUGAAUCUGAAGAACUCUUAGAAAUUAAGUUAUCUGUGCAUAUGUAACAAUAUAAUUAUGUAUCAUAUUUUAAGUUAAAUUGA